GAAUGUUCAUGAACAUAAAGGAUGUGGGAUUUACAAUAUUAACUGAGAGAGUUUGGAGGCGUCAGAGAGUUUGGAUGAUGCGUCAGUAAUGCUGUAGUCUCGCGAGAGAGAGCGUACGUGACGCGGGAAAAAAAAAUAGAAUCAAGUGGCACACUCAGCUACCAAACAAUUCUGAUUCAUUCAGAAAAUAAAGCAAAUAAAACUUAAAUAUCAAAAUCUGGAGGCACUUGAAGGCUACAUCGAAGAGUGCUACGAUCGUCUCGUCAUGGGGAAGCCAUCUAAGACGCCAACGUCUAAAAGAAGCCGCCCGGAGGACUCACCUGGCCAUGUGUCACCACCGGGCACAAACUUCACCGACAUCCUGGAUUCCAUCGACAAAAGGCUGACUUGUUUGGAUGGCCGCCUCGCACUUGUCGAGGUGCUCCACAAGGAAUUCCAAGCCAUCCGAGAGAGUUUGGAAUUCGGACAACAGCAGGUCAUUUCUCUCACCAAGGAGAACGCCGCUCUUCGUGAGUCCGUAAAAUCCCUCACCGACGGAGUGACGCAACUCACUCGAGAAAGCAGGAGCAUGAAGGAGACGAUGUUGGACCUCCAGGCGAGAAGCAUGAGGGACAAUCUGGUCUUCGCGGGAAUACCGGAAAAGACCGAGGAAGAUCCAGAGGAAACCAUCAAGUCCUUCAUGGAACACCAGCUCAAGCUUCCAGCGGACACCAUCAGGAACAUCACCUUCCAUCGCGUCCACCGGCUUGGAGCCAAAAAGCCGGAGAACAGGAGGCCGAGACCCAUCGUGGCCAAAUUCGAACACUUCAAGCAGAAGGAGUGGGUGAGGAACCAGGGCCGAGAGCUGAAAGGAUCCAACUUCAGCAUCAACGACCAGUUUCCAAAGGAAAUUCUCGACAGGCGCCGCCAUCUGUUCCCGCUUCGCAAGAAGUUUAUCACCGAAGGAUGCCGUGCAGUCAUCGCGGUGGAUAAACUUUUCAUCAACGGCCAACUUUACCGUGAUCCAGAAGCCACGCCGUGGCUGUAUUAUUAGCGUCUGAAACACGUCAAAUACAAAUAAGGCAACAAGAGAAGUAUCCUACACUUCUCUUUUGUAAAGUAAAUCUGAACAGCCGACAUGGGCAUCUACAUCAACUAUAUGAUUUGCCUGAGAAGCUGGACAGGACACAAAAAAAAAAAAAAAUACAAUAUUAACUAUGAACGAUAAAUAACUGAAUAUUAACAACAUAUGAAUGUCACACCGCCUCUCGAUUGAAAUCAAAAUGUAAGUUAAAAUGUAACAAACACAGCAAAAUAUGAACAUGAAGGGUAAAAAAACACCUACAAUCUGAUAUAUUUGAUAAAUCACUAAGCUUUAGAACUUUGUUGUAAAUAUCUCCUUACGCGUCUGUCCCUGACACCCGCAUUUCAGGCUGGCCACUCUGGAAACACGGCCAGACUGGAAACCCACACUACUUGGUGCCUGGUCUGAGUUGCUGUGACUUAGAUGAAAGUCAAAUAUAAAUAAACAUAGAAAGUCUAACUACUGUGAAUGCUCCACUUAACGCCUUUAUUCAAAUAAGUCUCAUAGUUGCCAAGUGCGUAAUCUGCAAAAGCUUCUGGCAAAACACUACGGCUUUGGUCCACUGGCGCUGCCAAAAUCAACCAAAACUGAUAAUUGUACCAAAAUUGGUACUUUUGAAGUGCUUAACUGGAAGUAGGAUCCAAAAGCAGAAACAGACUGUAUGUUAGGAUUUGGUGGAGUGGAUCCCAAGGAUGCAGAGACGUGUUGUGUACAAUUGUUCUUCCUUUUAUUUAGGAGGAAGCACAAAGUAACAAAACAAAGGUGAUGGUAGAUAACACACAAAACUAAAAGCGCUAGACAAGGCUAGGAAAAAUACUUCAUGAAAGAAGUUAAUAUAAGGACAAAGUACAAACAAAAAACGCUAGACAAGGCUAGGAAAACAUACUUCAUGAAAGAAGUUAAUAUAAGGACAAAGUACAAACUAAAAACGCUAGACAAGGCUAGGAAAAAUACAGGCAAACCUUAGAUGAAUGGUACACGAUGAACUAGUGAGUUCUCUGGCAAUAUCAACAGGUUUGCAAGCAGUGACAAAGUUCCGGCGCUCACAGGCCGUCAGCAGCCAGGUUAAAUAGGCUGCUUCUAAUCUACGUCAGGUGUGUGCUGCUGCCUUGCGCCAGCUGCACUCCAUACUGUGGACGAGAGAGAGAGUGAACAUGGUGUGCAGACAACAACAGAACUGAGCAAGGAAAUUUCAGAUUACCACAGUACCCCCCCUUCAACGGACGCCUCCUGGCGGCCUACCUGGCUUGUCUGGGAAUCGAAUGUAAAAAUCCUUGAUCAAGUCUUUGUCAAUAAUAAGCGAUCUUGAAAUCCAUGACCGCUCCUCCGGGCCGUACCCCUCCCAGUCUACCAGGUAUUGGAAUCCCCUGCCCCUUCUUCUCACAUCCAAGAUGGUGUUUACUGUAAACGCUGGGUGACCCUCAACCAGCCUGGGUGGAGGAGGCGGUACCUCAGGAGGACUGAGCGGGCUGGAUGCGACAGGCUUGAUGCGAGACACGUGAAAGACAGGAUGGCAUUUGAGAGAUCUUGGGAGACGGAGCUUGACUGCAACACGGUUGAUGAUCUUGAUAAUGGGGAAUGGUCCAAUGAACCUGGGAGCCAGUUUCCUAGAGUCAGUGGCCAAUGGU